UCCCUUGCUCGCCAGAGCAAGGCUCAGCCUCGAAAUGAACGCCGGGCGCUUUCCACUGUUUGGCAGUAUUCGCUCAGGGUGGCUUACCGUUCUCUGUUCUUUGUGAGCUGCUCAAUUUAUAUUCCUUCGUGUUCUUCAAUUCGUCGCUGUCGGAUCUACUUCAUGAUGUUUGUCUUCACCAUGCCCUGGGGCAUCAUGCAUAGUAUCUGUUUUGCCAUCUUCUCAUCUGCUGGAUGUCCACUGUCAAAGCUCAUCUCAAUUCAUCUCAAUUCAACCUCAGUCUCUGAAAUUUCAUUCCUUCAUUGUUGCUAUCCAGAUGCUAUGGCAGUAUAUCAGAUUCUUUCAUAUACCCUUCUGCUCCUGAAAUCACAAGCAUGUUUAUGGCAGUGCCAUGUUCUGUGUGUCGCUUGUACAAUUCCUG